AGAUGAUCUGAAGCAGAACAAACAGGAAGUGAUCGAUGUUUCCUCAGCAGUUUCUCCGGUUAAUUCAAAGUUAUUCGGUAGAAGGGCGGUUUCCACAUAGCUUCAGGGCUUAUUUAGCGGUUAUACCUGUCGCUGCACAGCUUCCUCCCGGUUCGUCUUCAUUUAUUUAUCAGAGGAUCUGACUCCUGCUGCUGCUGCAGGGCGGGCUUCAAGUUCAACUUUGCCUGCAGUUAUUUAACAAACCGUUUCAGACAGUGUCCAAAGGUUUUUCUACUGCUGGCACUGAGGAUCUCUGCUGAAUCACUGUUUGCAAGAUGGAAUCUGCAUGGCAAAGUGUCCUGUCUGCGCACCAGAGGAUAGUGGACAAUGGAGAACACCAGUUCCACUGGCAGCCAAACAGAUCCAGAGCAUAAUACUGCCACCACUGUGCCUGAUGAUAAGAGGACGGAUCCAUGGCUGCUGGUCUACUCCCCCGUCCCUGUGGCGCUCAUCUUCCUGGUUUACCUCGGUGUGGUCUGGGCUGGUCCUCGUCUGAUGAAAAACAGAGAACCCGUUGACCUCAAAGUAGUUCUCAUUGUUUACAACUUCGCCAUGGUUGGCCUGUCCGCAUACAUGUGCUAUGAGUUCCUGGUCACAUCGUGGCUCUCGAGCUACAGCCUCCUCUGUCAGCCUGUAGAUUACAGCACCGGUCCGCUGGCAAUGAGGAUGGCCAGAGUGUGCUGGUGGUUUUUCUUCUCCAAGGUCAUAGAGCUCAGCGACACUCUUUUCUUCAUCCUGAGGAAGAAGAACAAUCAGCUGACUUUCCUUCACGUUUACCACCACGGCACCAUGAUCUUCAACUGGUGGUUGGGAGUCAAGUAUGUGGCCGGAGGACAGUCGUUCUUCAUCGGCCUGGUCAACACCUUUGUUCACGUUGUGAUGUACUCUUACUAUGGCCUGGCUGCAAUCGGGCCUCACAUGCAGAAGUAUUUAUGGUGGAAACGUUACCUGACGUCUCUGCAGCUGGUGCAGUUUGUGAUGUUCAUCGUGUACACCGGCCACAACCUGUACGCAGAGUGCGACUUCCCCGACUCCAUGAACAUGCUGGUGUUUGGCUACUGCAUCACCCUCAUCAUCCUCUUCAGUAACUUCUAUUAUAAGAGCUACGUCAGUAAGAAGAAGCAGAAAUGAGGUGCAGUGAUGAGGCAUUACAUAUAACCAAACACACUGAGGCUUUAUGCUAAGUGCUGAUAUGAGUGCGUUCUGUCAGCUGGAAGGUUUUUAUACAGUGAAUUCAGUUUGGUUUUUUGUUUAUCUGCAGUAUUCAUCAGUGUCCAGUAGAGGGCACAACAUGCCCACAAUCUGAAGGUCUUUCUCAGGGUGCUACAGUUAAAACGUUCAGUACUUUACAGGCAGGAAUAAUUUUAACAAUUGUGUGAUCAUUCAGUUAUUUAUUUCUUAAAUUGAGAAAUGACAAACAUUCAAAUGAUUGAUGUAAACAAACUGUACAUUUUAUACAUAUAAUAAUAAUAAUAAUAAUAAUAAUAAUAAUAAUAAUAAUAAUAAUAAUAAUAAUAAUAAUAAUAAUAAAGUAGGUUGGUUUCUCUGCAUUAUUGCAGAAUUAAUGAGGCCAAACCCUCCUCCAGGGAUAAAUCCAAAAGCAAAAAAAAAAAAAAACUUAACAAAAUACAGAAAUGCAAACUUUUUUUCCACUGCUAAAAACAGCACAGCAAAAUGAUAUAUUCUUAUCUACACUUCAGUCUGAAACAGAUUGAAAGAUGUAGAGUAAAGAGAAAAUAACACGAAGAGGAGGGAAAGAGAGGACGUUUGAUUUAAAGUCUGUUCAGGAGUGUUUAUAUAUUAAAACCGCAAAGUAUUGCAUGAAUAAGCUCAGUCUGAUUGAACUUAAGUGUGCAACUCUUAGCACUAAUGUAUUAAAGUCAGAUUCCCUGUACGUGAUGAAUUCCUGGACAAUAAACAUGAACCGAAGAAAGACAAGACUGUUUAACUA